AUUUCUAGUACUAAUUUAUUUAUACUGAUAAAUUCUGAUAUUUUGGCGGUAAAUUGGUGGGAAGGUUUAAGUUGGUUUAUGUAAUACAAUAAUGAUAGGAGUAUAUAUUAAUUUUGGAUGAAUAAGAAUGUAUUAAUUUUGAUAAUUGAAGAUUAUAUCCAUGAGUGGUUUUUUCAAGUAAAAGCAACAAAAUGAAUUUGAAUGUAAAAAAUAUUAAAAUUCAUUUAGUUAAAACUCCAAAAAAAGUUUAGUAAUAAUAACUGGAAAAUAUUUCCACGAUAGAAGUAUUUGGAUUAAAAGAUUCUCCUUAAGUAUUCCAAAAUAAGUCAAUAUAAACAUAAAAGAAUGAAUAAAAAUUAGAAGAAAAAGUAAACAAAAUAAUAAGACGAAUCAAAUUUGAUGAUGAGUAACUAGUUAUUAAGAAAGAUCAAUCUCUUUUUCGAUAAAAAAGAACAACUAAUAAAGAAUACAAAGGUAUAUUAAAAAAUUAAUAUUUUAGUUAAUUCUUCAUACACUUUAGAUUUGAUAAAUUCAAUAGAAAUAAGAAGAGAUAAUGUAAUAAUAAAUAAACUAGAGAAAGUAUCUAGUCAAGAAGAGUAAAAAUAAAAUGUUAAUUCAUUAGUUAAUAAUAAUAUUAGAAUGUCAGGAAUGAAUCAGUAACAUGUAGAUGUAAAAAAACAAAAUGCAUAAAGUAUUAUUGCGAAUGCUUUUAAUAUGGAUAAGAAUGUUCAUUCAAAUGCGAAUGUACUGGAUGUUGCAAUAAACAAGUAAAAUAAUCAAGUGGAAAAUUCUAAUAAGUAAGUCCAACAAUAGAAUAUUAAGGAUGUAAAUGUCAGAAACAAAAGUAUUUAAUAAUUUGCUAUAUAUAUAGUUGUUCUAAGAAAUAUUGUGAAUGUCUAAAAAGGAACCAAAGAUGCACAGAUCAAUGCAAGUGCAUACAUAAUUGUAGCAAUUAGUUACAUUAAAUAAAGCCUUAAAUAUUAGACUUUAGUUAAUUAUUAAGCCAAUUUGAAGAUAGGAAUUGA